AUGGGUGUUAAUCGACAAUUCAGUAAAAUUCUACGUCAUCCAAUGUUUACUAGUCGUUUAACAUUAUUGAGAUGUUUAUGGAAUGGUUUUAUCUUUCCAUUAUCUCGAAUAGUGCUUGACAGAUUUUGUUUACAAAUCUUACUUGAAAUUCAUCAUAGAAUCCAGUGGCUCGACCUUGAAUCAUUAUCGAUGGAACGUAUUUUAUUUGCUGCCGAUUAUCCUAAUUUACGUGGGCUCGGCUUAAAUAUUGAACGAUUAUCAUUUGAUCGUCAACUUCCAAUGUUUUCUUCAACUUUGGUAGAAUUACAUAUAAAAGUGCAACAUUUCGAUGAUAUUCUUUAUUUACUCGAUGGUCGUUUCAAUAAACUUCAGAUCUUCUAUGUUGAUGUUAUUAAUGUUGCUCACACUCGCACUUCGCCGCCAAUGAUCAAUAAUAAAGUAGGUUACUUUACAAUAAAACAAUAA